ACCGCCAGCAACCAUGACCUCGACGAUCGGAAUCCCCAUCAAGCUCCUCAACGAGGCCCAGGGCCACAUCGUGACCCUGGAGCUCGAUAGCGGCACCACCUACCGCGGCAAGCUGAUCGAAGCUGAGGACAACAUGAACGUCCAGCUCAAGGACAUCACAGUGACCGCGCGGGACGGGCGCGUGAGCCAUCUGGAGCAAGUGUACAUCAGAGGCAGCCAC